AUGCCGCGCCGCAAGUUCAUCGACAAGAAGAAUGCGACGACCUUCGCCCUCGUCCACCGCGCCGGCGACGACCCGCUCUACCACGACCAAGAUGCCCCCUCCAUGGUCUUCGCCGAAAAGCCCACCACACAACCCAAGUCCCUUCGUCGUGCGAGGGAAGACGACUAUGCCUACUCCGACGUCGAAUCCGUAAUAUCCAGCUCCCAAGGCGAAAGGUACAGAUCGAACAAAGUCCGGGAACGAGGCGACCUUGAAGACGAAUUCGGAAUCGCCUUCAAGCCGAAUGAGGGUCAGGCGGCGCAGCACGGUGUCUUCUACGACGAUACCGAGUAUGACUACAUGCAGCAUAUGCGCGAGCUCAACGGCGGUGGGGGAGGGAGCGUGAUGUGGGUCGAGGCUUCGGCGCCGCCGCAGGCGAAGAGGAAGCAGAAGCUGGAAGAUGCGUUGCGAGAUAUCGAUCUGGAUGGGCAGAGCGUGGGGACGGCAGACACGAGCGCGAGUAAGGCGAGGAGUCUGUUGCCGGAGGAAGUGCUGCCGAGUGAGUUUGUGAGGAAGAGGAAUUACCAGGACCAGCAGGAUGUACCGGACGAUCUGGCAGGGUUCCAGCCUGAUAUGGACCCCAGAUUACGCGAGGUGCUGGAGGCAAUGGAGGAUGAGGAGUACGUGGACGAUCUGGACGAGGACGAUAUUUUCGGUCAGCUGAUCGGGGAUGGUGAGGUGGACGAGGACGAGUUUGAGAUGUUUGGGGAGCAGAUGCUGGUCGACGAGGACGAGGCGUUGACCUUUGAUGAAGAUGGCGGCCCAGCAAAUCUCGACGAUGACGAAGGAUGGGAGAGCGAUGAUACGAUCAAGGCCGCCAGCCCUCCACCCACCACAGCAUCAGAAACUCCCUCCCUACAAGAUCUCAAAUCCCAAGGCGAAAUGCUACACCCACCUACCGAGCCUCAAGCCCAACUUCCAGCCGACCCAACCGCAGGCGCCUGGCUCGACGAAUACAAAAAGUUCAAGUCCGCACCCAAACCCAGCGAAACCACCCCAUCCACGCCCCUACCACCUCCCGCCGCCCUCUCCUCCGCCGCCGCACCCUCCAACGUCCCUUCCACCCGCAAAUCCCGCAAACGCGGCACAGGCGCCUCAACCAACUUCUCCAUGACCUCCUCCACCCUCUCCCGCACCGCGCACCAACGCCUCCUCGACGCCCGCUUCGACAAACUCGAGUCCGACUACUCCGCCGACCGCUUCCCUGACGACGAGAACGACGCGGCGAGUGGGCUAGGCAGCAUGGCUUCCGGCGUUACCGGCACGAGUCGCAUGAGUGCGAUGAGCGGGAUGAGUAGGGCGAGCACGCUGUCGCAGGUGAGAGAGUCGGGCCCGAAGAGCGUGAGGCAGGACUUUGAUGGGAUGAUUGAUGAUUUCUUGUCGACUACUGGGUCGGGCAAAGGAGCGAAGAGGAGGGGGUUGAGGAAGGGGAGGGUGGCAGACGAGGGGUUGGCGGGGUUGGAUGAGGUGAGGCAGGGGCUGGGGCCGGCGAGGGUGAAGGGAAAGAGUGCUGCUGCUGGGUGA